GGUGGAAGAAAAGGAAAGGAAAAGAAAAGAAAAGAAAAAGAAAAGAAAAGGAAGCAGAGAGGGCGAGAAAGAUGGGUAAGAAGAAGGGAGUAGCGUUUGUGUUUGAGAUGCGAGCCUACUCCGGUAGAAAGGGAACCUUCUCUCUACUUCUUCUCUUUCUUCUUUUCAUUCUAAUUCUUCUCAGCAUUUAAACAUUUUCUUUCUUCGUAAUCACUUUUUCUCUUCUUCUUCUACUCAUUCAAACACUUCACCUUUUACUUCUAAACGAAAACACAAACUCGUUUUCUUCAUUGCAUACUUGUUGAUUUAGGGAUCGGUUCACUUUGUGGGGUCAUUAACAUUUCAAACUUUCUUGCUUUUUUAUUUCUGUUUGGAUAAAGAUUUUAGUCUUUGUUAUUUUUUGAUAUUAAAACAUUGUUCCGUGGGGUCUGGUAGUUUUUUUGUUUUUGUUUUUAAUUUUUUUUGUUAGGAUUUGGGUGUAAAUAGUCUCAGAUUGGUUCAUAUAGCAUCCUCCUCCUUUGAUAUUAUUUGAUUCCCAGGAGGAUUUGCAAUCAACAAAAAACACACACAAAAAAAAGAAAAUAAUUUAUAAUUAAAUUUAAACAAUCUCAUUUGGUUCACCCCUUCCCCCAAAUUUUAUAGUGGGUUUUUAUCAAUACUCUUCACUUGAUUUUUGAUUUUUAGACAAUUUUAGAGUGAUCAGUGUUGUGGUAGGUUUUAAAUUUUUGUGGAAGAAAUUUCAUAUACUGAAGUUAGGUUAGAGGUUAUUUGGUUUUGGGUUAUUUUCAUCUUAUAUGGGAAUACCUGAUAGUUCAUUACUAGAUCUAAUAGAAAAGGUUAGGUCUUGGGUUUCCUGGGGAGGAAGUGAUUUAUCUGAGAGUUUUAUUGAUAUGAAAAACAGUGGCUGCAAAAUGUGUUGUGAUUGUAGUCAAAAUUUCAAUGAGAUGAUUCACUGCAAAUACAAUUGCAAAAGCUGUGGCCGUUGGUUGUGUGGUAAGUGUAUCAGAGGUUGUGAUCUUCCAAAUUCUGAAUCUGAUCAUAAUAGUGGUUUGAGAGAAACCAUUAGUUCUUGCAAGUUCUGUUCGGUUACUAAUAGGUUGUGUGAGGGUCAGAGGAAGUGUAUUCUGAAAGUGCAUCCUGCUGUUUCGCCUCAAGAGAGUCCGAGACAAAGUCCUGACCCGCCUUCACCUUGCUUUAGUGUUGAGACUGAAAGAGAUAGUUGUCCACUAAAUGUUGAAUUGAAUCAGGGUAGUCACUUUGAACAAUAUUUUCAUGAUCGAGAGCGCGAGUACUAUGCUCGUUCGAUGAUCAAUAGGAGUAUCACCUCAUCUGGUGAUCAACCCUCUUCGUUAUCCACUCCUCCAUCUACCUUUAGGAGUGAUGAAGAAGGAAUGGAAAAUUCUGGGAAGCACUCUCUCAGCCCAUCACGUACAUAUUGCGAUAACAAUUCAGAUGUAGAUUCGAGUAGCGUUAGUGCUAGACAUGACACUUACAACUGCAAUUCUGUGGGAUCAAGUCCUUCAGAUAGCCCUUCUAGGAUCGAUUUUACUUCCAGCAGGGCCGGGCUUCCUUUGCAGAAGAAGGGGCAGGAGAAAAGCCCCAUUCCUCAGUCUGAGGUUCCCUCCGGUCAACAAAGUACGGUUGUUUUAAAAAAGCCUGAACCUGGUACGGAGGAUGCACAUAACCCUACUUAUUUUUCUGACGACUUGUCGAUUUUCCGAAACCAGAAUGAGAUUUCACAGAAGCCGUUGGAUUUUGAAAACAACGGCCAUAUCUGGUUCCCCCCACCACCUGAUGACGAAAACGAUGAUGCAGAAGGCAAUUUCUUUGCGUAUGAUGAUGAGGAUGAUGAUAUCGGUGACUCAGGUGCCUUGUUCUCAUCCAAUAGCAGUCUAUCUAAUACGUUUCCUGCUAAAGAGAAACACAAUGAGGGAAACAAGGAACCCUUAAAAGCUGUCAUACAGGGGCAUUUUAAAGCUCUUGUUUCACAACUUUUACAGGGAGAGGGAAUUCAAGUUGGUAAGGAAAACGAUUCUGUGGACUGGCUUGACAUAGUUGCAACCGUAGCGUGGCAAGCUGCUAACUUUGUGAGACCCGACACUAGCAAAGGUGGCAGUAUGGAUCCUGGUGAUUAUGUAAAGGUCAAAUGUGUAGCAUCUGGAAGCCCGAGUGACAGCACCCUUAUCAAAGGAGUUGUUUGCACAAAAAAUAUAAAGCACAAGCGCAUGACGUCUCAAUACAAAAAGCCUAGACUUCUCCUCCUAGGAGGAGCAUUGGAAUAUCAGAAAGUUCCAAAUCAACUGGCUUCUUUUGAUACAUUGUUGCAGCAGGAAAAUGAUCAUCUGAAGAUGAUCAUUUCAAAAAUUGAGGCUCUUCGACCAAAUGUUUUGCUGGUAGAAAAAAGUGUUGCUUCCUGCGCUCAGGAAUAUUUGCUGGCAAAGGAAAUCUCCUUGGUGUUGAAUGUUAAAAAGCCUUUGCUAGAGCGGAUAGCUCGUUGCACUGGUGCUCUUAUCACUCCAUCAGUGGAUAGUUUAUCUAAAGCACGACUAGGGCACUGUGAGUUGUUCCGAUUAGACCGAAUUGUGGAAGAUCAUGAGACUGGUAAUCAAUUCAACAAAAAGGCAUCCAAAACAUUAAUGUUCUUUGAAGGUUGCCCACGGCGUUUGGGAUGCACGGUCUUACUGAAGGGUACAUGUCUUGAAGAACUGAAAAAAAUUAAACAUGUUGUGCAAUAUGCAGUUUUUGCUGCCUACCAUUUAUCUCUUGAGACCUCAUUCCUUGCUGAUGAGGGUGCCACCCUGCCUAAAAUGAUAGUAAAACACUCGACAGACAUGCCAGAGAGUGCAACAGCUGACACUGACAUUUCUACUGUAUCUAACAUCUUUUCUUCUACCAUAUGCCAAUCAGAGGCUGAUGAUGCUUCUAGAGUGAUAAACUCUGUUGGUAUUGAUAUAAAGAUUGGAAAUCUGGGACCAGUGUCAGAGCAUCUGGAUGAACUUAACUUUCAUUCAUAUUCAGGCACCAUGGUGGAUUAUAGUGUUGAGACAAUGCUCUCUGAUCAAGACUAUAAUAACCUAACAUCUAAUUUGACUUUUGAAUCAGAUUAUUUGCACCAGUGCAAUGAAUCAGAGGGGGACACUAUGUCUAGUUCAAGAGACCCUUCACGAGCAGAUUUGCAAGAAACCAUGCUUAAAGGUGAGAAAGAAUGUGAAGUUGUUGACUCAACAAAAGACCAGAUUAACGAGGAUGAGUUUUCUGGUGAAUACUUUUCAGCCGCUGAAGCUCAUCAGAGCAUAUUAGUGUACUUUUCCAGUCAUUGUGUUUCGAAAGGAACUGUAUGUGAACGCACUAGGUUGCUGCGCAUAAAAUUCUACGGCUCUUUUGAUAAGCCACUCGGGAGAUAUCUACAUGAUGAUCUAUUUGAUCAGACAUCUUGUUGUCAGUCUUGUAAAGAGCCUGCGGAGGCGCAUGUCCUUUGUUUUACACACCAGCAAGGAAAUCUUACAAUCAAUGUUAGGCGCCUUCCCUCUGUGAAAUUACCAGGUGAAAGAGAUGGCAAGGUUUGGAUGUGGCACCGGUGUCUGAGGUGUCCACUUGUUGAUGGAGUUCCACCAGCUACUCGGAGAGUUGUUAUGUCGGAUGCUGCCUGGGGAUUGUCUUUUGGAAAGUUCUUGGAACUUAGCUUCUCAAACCAUGCAACUGCUAAUCGAGUUGCUACCUGCGGACAUUCAUUGCAGAGGGACUGCCUCCGGUUUUAUGGGUUUGGGAGCAUGGUUGUUUUCUUCCGGUAUUCCCCUAUUGAUAUUCUUUCUGUCCAUCUACCCCCAUCUGUUCUGGAAUUUGGCUACACCCAAGAAAAGUGGAUUAGAAAGGAGGCAGGAGAGCUUUUUAAUAAAGUGAAAACCUUGUAUGUGGAGAUAUCAGAUGUGCUCGAACGAUUUGAAACAAAGAUUUUGUCUCCUGGUAUUGGAAAGGAGGUGUCAGAUGCCAAUGACAUUCAUAGUCACAUACUUGAUCUGAAAGGCAUGCUUCUAAGAGAAAAAAAAGAUUAUCAUAGUUUGCUAAAACCAGCUGAGGAAAUUGCAGAGCCAAGAAACAUGGCUUUAGACAUUCUGGAAUUAAAUCGGUUGAGACGUUCACUUCUAAUUGGUUCACAUGUUUGGGAUCAUCGGCUAUACUCACUGGACUCUCAUAUUAAAAGAAGCUUUAGUUCCAAGGUUAAAGAAGAAAAUGCAUCGUUUGCAGAUGUUUACGACUCACUUCACACGGAUCAAAACUUUGACUCUGGGCUAGAGCAAAAUAAUUCUCAGCCUUCGAAAUUGCAGGAGUCUCGUGAAAGUCAUAAGCUUGUAGAGCCGGAUGACCAACUUGAGUCUCGUGGUUCUGAAGCAUCUGUGUGUUAUUUUGAUGGGGAAGAACCAUAUUCGGCUGAUGAGCUUAUUUCAAACAAAACAAUAUCCGAGUUUGUACCACCAAAGGAAUCCAAUCUUUCCGAAAAAAUAGAUUUGGCAUGGACCGGAACUGAACAACCUGUUCACAGCCACUCUUCCUUUAAAAGGUUGACACAAACAAUGAGAGUUCAUUCUUUUGAUUCAGCAUUAAGAGUUCAGGAAAAAAUUCGGAAAGACUUGCCCUCAUCUUUACAUAUGUCAACACUUAGAUCUUUUCAUGCUUCCGGAGACUACAGGAAUAUGGUUAGAGACCCUGUCUCCAAUGUAUUGCAAAAUCACUUUCAAAUGUUGCCGUGGGAGUCGCAGCGGAUAAAUCUGAUUCUGAGCUCCACACCGUCAUUCAUUUCCUCCGUUUCUCACAUUGCCGAAGGUGCUCGGUUGCUGCUUUCCCAAACAUGUCAUGGUGAUAGAGUUAUAGCUGUAUAUGACAAUGAUUACUCCAGCAUAAUAUCCUAUGCCCUCAGUUCGAAGGACUACGAAGAUUGGGUUUCAGGGAAGUCAGAACUACAUGAUGGUAGCUGGAAUUCUCGCGAGAGGAACAAUUCAGAUUUAGCUUCUUCCAGCUUUUCUGCAUGGGCCACAUUGGACUUGGAUUAUAUCAAUUACGGUAGUUAUGGGUCUGACGAUGCUCCAUCUUCAAUUAGUUCGCUUAUCAGGGACAACAAAAAAUCUAUACACUUGCAAAUCUCUUUCGGCGAUGAUUCUUUGGCUGCUGCUGGAGGUAAAGUGAAUUUUUCUGUCACUUGCUAUUUUGCAAAGCAGUUUGAUUCACUUAGAAAGAAGUGCUGCCCUAAUGAAGUUGAUUUCGUGAGAUCCCUAAGCCGUGGCCGGAGAUGGAGUGCACAGGGAGGGAAAAGUAAUGUAUAUUUUGCCAAGUCAUUAGAUGAAAGAUUUAUUAUUAAACAAGUGACAAAGACAGAAUUGGAAUCGUUUGAAGAAUUCGCACCUCAAUAUUUCAAAUACAUGAUGGAUGCCUUGAACUCAGGAGGACCAACUUGCCUUGCCAAAAUUCUUGGUAUUUAUCAGGUCACUGCCAAAUACCCAAAAGGUGGGAAGGAAACAAAGAUAGAUCUGAUGGUAAUGGAGAAUCUUUUUUACAAGAGAAACAUAUCUAGGGUAUAUGAUCUUAAGGGCUCAGAAAGAUCCAGGUACAAUGCUGAUACAACUGGGACAAACAAAGUGAUGCUGGACAUGAACUUGUUAGAAACAUUGAGAACAAAACCAAUGUUUCUUGGAAGUAGGGCUAAGAGAAGACUCGAAAGAGCCGUAUGGAACGACACUUCUUUUUUGGCGUCAGUUGAUGUUAUGGAUUACUCAUUGCUGGUUGGGGUGGAUGAUGAGAAGAAGGAGCUAGUUUUGGGGAUAAUUGAUUUCAUGAGACAGUACACAUGGGACAAGCAUUUAGAAACGUGGGUAAAAGCAUCUGGGAUACUUGGGGGUCCAAAAAAUGCUGCCCCCACAAUUGUUUCUCCUAAACAAUACAAGAAAAGAUUCCGGAAGGCUAUGACUACCUACUUUCUCACUUUACCUGAUCAAUGGUCUUCUUGAGAUAAAGAAAAAAAUUUCAUUUUAUUCUUUUCCUAACACAAUGGUUUGUCAUUUGUGUUACAUUUCUAUUCUAUGUAUGUAUCCUUGGUGAAGACUCCUUUGGAUACAUCAACAAACUGUAUUUUGUUUUUACUUUUUUUUUAAAACCUUAUUAUAUCAUUACAGAUGAAAAUAUUAUAAUAAUUUGA